AUGGUCCGAGCUUCUCGAAAGAAGAACCAGCCCCCUACCAAAGUCGGCACGACCACGAAGGAAUAUCGCGCAAAUGCCAUUCUGCGACAUGAACAGGAGAGGCGGCUUGAGAUGGCGAUGGAAGGUUAUCGGACUGGCGUGUACAAGUCGCUUCGAGCUGCUGCUCGCGACAACCACAUCAAGAGUACUUCGACACUCACCCGUCGAUACAACGGCCAGACGCAGCCUCGCGACGUCGCCCACGCUCGGCAGUUCCUCAUCCAUCGUCACGUCAAGGAAAUAGCAGUGGAGUGGACGCAAUAUCUGGGCGAGAUGGAAAGGCCGUUCUGCAAGCGCACCAUUGGUCCGCUCGUCCAAAGACUCUGCAAAAGGAAACCAUCUCGUAUCUGGGUUUAUCGGUUAAUUGGGCGACAUAGCGAUUUGCUUCAGAAUCGCGGCCGAUGGCCUGAUCCCCUGCGCCCACAGGCGUUCACCAGGACUGCAGUUGCCAUGACAUGCGCGCAACUCGACGACUUCUUCCUGGUGCAGCGCGUUGCGGCAGACAAGAAAGCCAACAUGGAUGAGGUCGGGUUCCAACUCUGCGGACAGCGGUCCGGCUCGAAUAAGUACACAAUCGAGGCUGACGACCUGACCCUUGUCACCGUUCUCGACUGCAUCUUCCUCGAUGGAACACUGAAGGCCCGACCUUGCUUCGUAGUACCGGGCACUCUGUUCGACCCGUCGUGGGGCAAGGACGUUGAGGGGAAUCCAUUGAUCUGUACGUCAAGACACCGGAAUAGGGAGGCCGCCUUCAUCACCGACACGCAGCGGCACGGCGACCCAGAUGCUCCCAUUCUUCUCACCCUCGAUAGCCACGAAUCGCAUGUAAAGGACAAGGCCGCAAGAUAUGCGCGCGAGCACAACACCCACAUCUUCGUCGGACUUCCGCACGCGACGCACCGCAUGCAGCCUUGCGACGUUGGCGCAUUCAAAGAAGAUGCAGACCGUGGCAUCCAGGCGGCGCAGGGUCCAGGUCUCGAGGGGUACGGCGACGUGGCAGAUGACACCGCGGGUGAAGUGGAGGACGGGGAUGGUGACGAAGCGGACGACGAGGUGGACGACGCAGCAGAGGGAGAGGUUGAGGACAUUGGCCAAUCACUGUCAAUCGGAUCGCCAACAGCUUCAGCCGACGACCUGCUGUUACCCCAAGCUGUGGAUGUCACUCUAGAGCGAAGUCGGGCUGUUUGCAUGCGGGAUGACCCUCCGGAUUCGCCUAGCGAACCUGGCUCGUCAGACUCUGACCACGUCGCGUUCUUCCGUGCGAAGGCAAAACGAUCGAAGGAGCGGACUCACCGCGCUCGGAAGGAACGUGACAUAGCGCUGACGUACGCCACUCUCGGCGGCCAACGCGUCGAAGCGUUGCAGGUCCGGCUCUACGCCAAAACGAACCCAUCGCGCCGGAAUCUCACGCUCAGCACGGGCUCGCGAUUCACAACGGCCAAUGAGCUUGUUGUCGAAGGCGAUAUACGCGACGAGAACACACGGGCGAAGAAGCAACAUAAGGAUAAUGUGCAACAGAAGAAGCAGGAUGCAGCAGCUGGGUAUCGUUGGGAGCGCGUGUCAAAGGGCAAGACCGGCAUUGUCUUCGACAUGCCUUCAUACAAGAUGGAUCUCGCGCAGCCGCAGCGACUAGCGUGGUGGCUAGGGCUUGACGAAAAGGGGCAGGUUGCGUCGUUGAGGUCGCGUGUCAAGGCGCACUUUGACACUCAUCCGGAGCUCAAGGAGACGGCCCAAUUCUCUGCAAUGUUUACACGAAAGGGGCGCCACCAGCCCGCCGAAGUACCUCCUCACGAGCUCAAUCUCGCGGAAAUGACUGAAGGAUCACCUCUCGGCCUAAUCCCAGCCCCACCUCACCAUCCUUCGUAUCCGUUGCAUGCCGUCGUACCGCUCUCGCGCCUACGCCUUGGGGAGAUUACGAACAACACAAGUGGGCCUUCAUCUCAGAGUUUCACGUCUCCCGCAGCUUUCCACACGUCUGCAACUGUUGUCAAUGGAUAUCACCCUUAUGCUCAUUAUGAUCCGCACUAUAAUUCGAAUCAUCCUCACCCGAAUCCUGCUCUCUGUAACACCUUCUCUGACCCAUCCGCCUCGUUGACGUUUCCUUUCCCAUCUUCUCACUGA